AUGAAGUAUUUGAGUUCUGAGGAUCACAAGUGUGUGAUCCACAAGGAGAAAAAGACAAAAUUCUGCGGUGAGAGCAGGACCCUCCUCUGUCAAUUGUGUUCUGACUCCCAGGAUCAUAGAGGUCACAGACACUGCACCAUUGAACUGCGUGUUACAAAGCAAAUGGACGUUAUGACCCUACGGAAGAAAAUGAUCAGGUCAGAGUAUAGAAAACUACAUCCACCCCAUGAUAAAGAAGCGAAUAAACAAAUGGAGUGGAUGAAAAGUCAAAGCAAUAGUAUUUCAGAGGAGCUCAUGAUAAGGGAAGCCCUGAUGGUCCACAAGAGGAGUCAACUAAUAAAAUUGUAUCAGGAGCUUAAGGCCAUGUACAAGAAGCCAUAUGAGGUGUUGCUGCUGCAGGAUUUGGUGUCAUUUGAGGAUGUCACUGUCACGUUCACCUGGGAGGAGUGGCAAAAUCUCAACAAUGCUCAGAAGAUGCUGUACAGGAGUGUGAUGCUGGAGAUGUAUAGUAGCUGGCUCUCACUGGGGCAAUGCAUCCCUAAACCUGAGUUGAUCUUCAAAUUGGAACAGGGAGAGGAGCCAUGGACAGCAGAAGAACCUGCAAACAAGACUCUGCCAGUCUUCUGCAGUGUGGAUGGCAUAAUUGAAACUAACCAGAAGAGUAGAGAGAGACAUUUGUGGCAAGUUACCUCCAACAGCCCAAAUAAAGUAACUGAGGAAGCAGAGGGAUUAGAAAACACUUUUUAUUUUUACUCCAUGAAUAUUUCAAGUUUUGUUGUAAGUAAUAGAAACUGUUCAGGAGUGAAGCCUGAGGAGUUGAAUGGAUAUCUGAAUACACAUCUCUCUUUGGAACCUCAUGGAUUGUGUGCUGGAGAGCAAUAUAAUGGCUGUUGUGUAGCAGGGAAAUCCAUCAGAUGUCCUGUGCAGUUGGGUCAGCAUUCUAAGAUUCUAACUGGACAGCAGGAAUUUGAAUAUAUUGGAGAAAGGAAAGAUACAAAGGAGGGAAAACUAUUGAAAAAAGUUACUCCAUCUAAGAGACUUCAAAUGGGACUGACUUCUUGUAAGCAUAAUGAGUGUGAGCAAGUUUCUGUUCAGUCAGAUGUCAUGGCUAAGAUAGGGAAGGCAACUUUCAGUAAGAAGUGUAACCUCACUAAACACCAAGCAACAAACUCAGUGAGAAAAUCUUGUAAAUACCUUGAAAGUAGGAAAACCUUUACCAGUGAAUUAGACCUUAUAGUAUAUCAGAGAACACAUAACCAGAAAAAAGACCAUAUAUGUAUCCAGUGUGAGAAACCUUUUAGCACUAAAUCUUCCCUUACUAUUCAUCAGAGAAUUCACACUGGAGAAAAGCCCUAUGGAUGUAGUGAAUGUGGUAAAACCUUCAGACAAAAGUCAGCUCUCAUUGUACAUGAGAGAUCUCACACCGGAGAGAAACCCUUUGAAUGCUAUGAGUGUGGUAAAGCCUUCCAACAUAAGUGGUACCUCAAAACGCACCAGAGAACUCAUACUGAGGAGAAACCAUACGAGUGUAAAGAAUGUGGAAGAGCCUUUCUAAAGAGGUCGUACCUCAGAAUGCAUCAGGGAACUCACAAGAGUGAUAAACCGUAUGAGUGUGAGAAAUGUGGGAAAACCUUCCAUAACAGGUCAUACUUCAACGUGCAUCAUAGAAUUCACAAUGGCGAGAAGCCCUAUGUGUGCAGUGAGUGUGGAAAAGCCUUUUACCAGAAGUCAGACCUCAGGAGGCAUCAGAGGAUCCACAACAGUGAGAAAUUACAUAAAUGUAAAGAAUGUGGAAAAGCCUUUCAAAAUAAGUCAUACCUCAAAACUCACCAGAAGGUUCACACAGGUGAGAAACCAUAUGAUUGUAAAGAGUGUGGGAAAGCAUUUCAAAACAAGUCAUAUCUCAACAAGCACCAGAUAAUUCACACAGGUGAAAAACCCUAUGAAUGUAAUAAAUGUGGGAAAACGUUUCAGUGGAAGUUAGUCCUCAGUAAGCAUCACAGAAUCCACACAGGUGAAAAGCCCUAUGAAUGCAUUCAGUGUGGAAAAAUGUUUGGCUACAAAUCAUACCUCAUUGUACAUGAGUUGAUUCAUUCUGGGGAGAAACCUUAUGAAUGUAAUGUUUGUAGAAAAACCUUUUCACAGAAAUCAAACCUAAGCAGGCAUCAGAGAACUCACCGACAUGGGGAGCUAUGUUAG